UGGGUUUCAAACUCUCUCUUUCUCCCCUUCACUCUCCACUCCAUUUCCCCAGGUUGAAGCUGCUACUUGGUUUAGCUCUCCAGCGUGUUGUGGCCUAGCCAUCUUGCAUAGAGAGCUUCCAUCAUGAUCACCACAAGGCUUGCGCGCAUGGGUGCGCUGGCCCCUAAGUCCCGUCUUCUGUUCGGGACUCGGGGCAUGGCCACCGUUGCCGACCUCGACAAGAAGGUCGAGAUGUGCAAUCUCGAAAAGGGCAACUACAUCAACUACAAGAAGAUGUCCGAGAACCUGGACGUUGUUCGCCGUCGUUUGACUCGUCCUCUCACAUACGCCGAGAAGAUUCUGUACUCUCACCUUGACGACCCCCAGAACCAGGACAUCGAGCGUGGCAAGUCCUACCUCAAGCUCCGCCCUGACCGUGUUGCUUGCCAGGAUGCCACCGCCCAGAUGGCCAUCCUGCAGUUCAUGUCGGCUGGUAUGCCGUCCGUCGCUACUCCCACCACCGUGCACUGUGAUCACUUGAUUGAGGCUCAGCUUGGUGGUGAGAAGGAUCUUGCUCGCGCGAACGAGAUCAACAAGGAGGUCUACGACUUCCUUGCCUCUUCGACUGCCAAGUACAACAUUGGUUUCUGGAAGCCUGGCUCUGGUAUCAUUCACCAGAUUAUCCUUGAGAACUACGCCUUCCCCGGUGGUCUUAUGAUCGGUACCGAUUCUCACACUCCUAACGCUGGUGGUCUUGCUAUUGCUGCUAUUGGUGUUGGUGGUGCCGAUGCCGUCGAUGUCAUGGCUGGCCUUCCUUGGGAAUUGAAGGCUCCCAAGGUCAUCGGUGUUAGGCUCACUGGUGAGAUGUCCGGCUGGACCGCUCCCAAGGAUAUCAUCCUCAAGGUCGCUGGUCUCCUGACUGUCAAGGGUGGUACUGGUGCCAUCAUUGAAUACCACGGUCCUGGUGUCAACUCCCUCUCUGCCACUGGUAUGGCCACCAUCUGUAACAUGGGUGCUGAGAUUGGUGCCACCACCUCUCUCUUCCCCUUCAACGACCGUAUGUACGACUAUCUGAAGGCUACCAAGCGUCAGCAGAUUGGUGACUUCGCCCGCUCCUACGCCAAGGACCUACGCGAGGAUGAGGGUGCUGAGUACGACCAGCUGAUCGAGAUCAACCUGUCCGAGCUCGAGCCCCACAUCAACGGUCCCUUCACCCCUGACUUGGCUACUCCCAUCUCUCAGUUCAAGGAGGCUGUCAAGGCCAACGGCUGGCCCGAGGAGCUCAAGGUCGGUUUGAUUGGCUCUUGCACCAACUCUUCUUACGAGGACAUGUCUCGUGCUGCUUCCAUCGCCCAGGAUGCUCUCGACCACGGUCUGAAGGCCAAGUCUAUCUUCACUGUUACUCCUGGUUCCGAGCAGAUUCGCGCUACCAUUGAGCGUGACGGUCAGCUCAAGACCCUUGAGGAGUUCGGUGGUGUCAUCCUGGCCAACGCCUGCGGUCCUUGCAUUGGACAGUGGGACCGCAAGGAUGUCAAGAAGGGUACUCCCAACUCCAUUGUCUCUUCUUACAACCGUAACUUCACUGGUCGUAACGAUGCCAACCCUGCUACUCACGCUUUCGUCACUUCCCCCGACCUUGUCGUUGCUCUGAGCAUUGCUGGUACUCUCAACUUCAACCCCCUCACCGACACUCUCAAGGACAAGGAUGGCAAGGAGUUCAAGCUUAAGGCCCCUACUGGUGACGGUCUCCCCAGCCGUGGCUACGACCCCGGCCGCGACACCUACCAGGCUCCUCCCACCGACCGCAGCAGUGUCGAUGUUGCUGUUUCCCCCUCCAGUGACCGUCUUCAGCUCCUCGCUGGAUUCCAGCCUUGGGACGGCAAGGAUGCCACUGGCAUUCCUAUCCUGAUCAAGUGCCAGGGCAAGACUACUACUGAUCACAUCUCCAUGGCUGGCCCAUGGCUCAAGUACCGUGGUCACCUUGACAACAUCUCUAACAACAUGCUGAUCGGUGCCGUCAACGCUGAGAACGGCGAGGCCAACAAGAUCAAGAACGUUUUCACUGGCGAGUAUGGUGCUGUCCCCGCCACGGCUCGUGACUACAAGGCUCGUGGUGUUAAGUGGGUUGUUAUCGGUGACUGGAACUACGGUGAGGGUAGCUCUCGUGAGCACGCUGCCCUUGAGCCCCGCCACCUUGGCGGUCUCGCCAUCAUCACCCGCAGCUUUGCCCGUAUUCACGAAACCAACCUUAAGAAGCAGGGUAUGCUUCCCCUCACCUUCUCCGACCCUGCCGACUACGACCGCAUCCCCCCCGACGCCACCGUCGACCUCCUCUGCACGGAACUCGCCGUUGACAAGCCCAUGACCCUCCGUGUUCACCCCAAGGAUGGUGCCUCCUUCGACGUCAAGCUCAGCCACACCUUCAACGAGUCCCAGAUUGAGUGGUUCAAGGACGGUUCCGCCCUCAACACCAUGGCCCGCAAGUCUGGCAACUAAACGACAUCCUGUAAAUUAUGUCUUGUGCUUUGAUCAGUUAGCAGCGAGCAAGAAAAGGCAGUACUAGAGCUGCUAAUGGUCUUUCUAUGAUUGAUAUCACGGAGUGAGGUUUCGAAAAAUUUUAUGAAUCGCUUUCUGCUCAGGGGAUGUAUCGGCAACCUUUGGGCGGACUACAUGGAUAUAUCACCUGUUUUUGUUACAUCGUCCAUUGUAUGUUAGGGAUUGGAUGCAUACCAUAUACUAUUUCGUAUUAACUGCUUC